UCAGUGGUCACUGGCUUACCGCUGUGUGAUUAUCAAAAUAUUUUUAUUCGAAGUUCAUCUUUGUUCUGCAUCAAGAAGGUCCACCAAGAUCAGAUGUAAACCAAAAUGUAAACUGACUGAACAAGAUGUUUCGUCGGGCGUUAGAGGCAGGAUUUCGCUUACUAAGGCCUGUGAUAAAUAGAAACGGUAGAAACGGCAUUCGCAGUGGAGCUCAUUCUAGUUAUUCAAGCCAUGAAAAUGUUGUCCUACAAAAAACUAGUAAACAGCCUGAGAACUUCAAAACCUUUUUCUUUUCCCUCUGGCUGCGGAAUACCUCAAGAGUUUCACAUGUUAGAUUAGGCAACCCAAUCUUCAGUCAAAUGGUGAGAAACAGGAGAAACCCAACCUCUCUGUUUUUGGCUUUUGUUGGAUUCACAUAUUUAGGAGAGAAUGAAAAUGGUAAAUCAAGGUCUGAUUCAUGCUCUUUCAAAGAACAACAAUUACAUCCCUGCCUACAGGAUAUGUUACAAAAAACAGAAAUGAACAUUCCUGAAAAGCCUUUUAACCACAAUGGAAAGUCAUUGAAAGAUUAUCACAUCAAAGAGCGUCUUGGCAAAGCUUCUUGCAAUUCAGCCGUUUAUGCUGCUGAAAUUAAUGGAGAACAGCCUGAACAGUAUGCUAUAAAGAUGCUGCACAACUAUAGAACUAACUCUAAAAGUGUAUCAUUGACGAAGGCUUUUUCCAAAGAACUUGCCAUCUUAUCAAGCAAUGAAGAAACCCAAAACAUCAGAGAUGAAUUAGGGUACACAAACCUACAAGAUCAUUAUAAUGUGAUCAAAAUUUUGGGACAUUUUUCUGACGACACCCCAGAGUUUUAUGAUGCAAAGGAAAGUUAUCCUGCAGCAUUACCAUCACGUUUGAAUCCUGGAGGAUAUGGACGCAACAGAACAAAGUUUUUUGUCAUGCAAAAAUUCCCAGGAACACUUCAAGAUUACAUUUCAAAGCAUAAAGACAAUCUUGAUACCAGAAAAUCAAUCGCUCUCCUAACACAACUUCUUGAAUGCUUGCUUCAUCUUUACAACAAGAAAGUGGCACAUCGCGAUCUGAAAAAUGAUAACAUUUUAGUUGAUGACAACGCUGACGGACUGCCUCAUUCGGUUGUAACUGAUUUUGACUGUGCUCUUGCGGAGAGGGAGAUUGGUUUUGAUAUGCCUUAUGAGACAGAUGAAACAAGCAAAGGAGGAAAUUGGCUUCAUAUGGCCCCAGAGAUUGCUUUUGCAAAACCUGGUCGAGGCAAAAAACUUGAUUACAGUCGUUCUGAUGAGUGGGCAGCGGGUGCACUUGCCUAUGAGAUGUUUGGUCAGAAACAUCCAUUUGAUGACCCAAAUUUAAAGAAAGAAUCCUACGAAGUUACUGAACUACCUGAGUUGAAAGGAGCGCCGAAAGCUAUCCAACGUUUGGUGAAAGAGCUUUUACAAAGACAUCCGAAUGACAGACCUGAUAUUUCAUUAGCCGCUACAAUAUGCCAGCUGUUGCUUUGGAAGCCGUGUAUGGUGCAUAGCAAAGAAGCUGUCAGUCGCUGGCUUGAACAAGAAACUUGGACUCUGAGGUUUGAUUUAUUGAAAUACCAAUUUAAUGAAGAAGAGAUUCCAGUUGAAAAACAGAUCUUACUAACUUUUUUACGUCGCGCGUCUAUUGACGAAACCAUGAAAGCCAUAGAAUGGCUAAAUCAAAGGGAAACUGAAGACUAGACGUUAAGAACAAGAUGACAAUUGGGCUUGCAUGAAUAUAUAAACUGCAGUCUGUAGAUGUUACUGUUGCAUAAAACGUAUCCCUCAUUUAUUUAUUUUUGUUUAGCGUAUAGUAUAUUUCUUGAGAAUAAAAUGUUUAUUUUCGUGCUA